AUGUGGAAGCCGUCGGAGAGGCUGGUGGAAACCAUCAGACAUUAUGCCAGCUUCCCCGCCACUGGUGUAUCCUUGCGGCAGAUGGUCCAAUUUGGAGACAGGCCAUCAACCGGGACCCUAUUCCGCGCCUCGCAAUUCCUUUCGGAGGAACUUCCCAUUCGUUUAGCGCAUCGAGUUCAGGACUUGGGUGAGCUGCCCGAUGGCCUCAGCGAGAUGCCCUCCAUUAAAAAAGUACAGGAUUGGUAUGCACAGUCAUUCGAGGAGAUUAUCACCUUGCCCCGACCGACUCUUACCCAAGAAGUAAAAUCUCGGUUGUUACGACCCGGACGGAUGAACGGUGGUGUUUCGAAGGUCCUUUCGGAGACAACUCAAAACCCUAGUAUAAAAGAAGGACAGUAUCGGUCCUCUCCUUCGUCUUCACUGAACGGUAAUGGGAAUGGAAAAGCAGCAGCGGCUGCCGCCCGGAGAUAUUUCGUUCCAUCGGACGACCAAGGCAAUUGGCCGCCGGAGUUGAAUGACUAUAAUGAACGUUUUGCAAAGACACUGCAGCACAUAAAACGUCGACAUGACAGUGUUGUGACUACUGUGGCCCAGGGUAUUUUGGAAUGGAAGCGCAAGCGUCAGCGGCUGCAGAUCGACUCCACGGUUCAGUCUUUCCUCGAUCGCUUCUACAUGUCUCGGAUAGGUAUACGAAUGUUAAUUGGUCAACACAUCGCUUUGACGGAGCAAACGCAUGUGCGUCAUCCAAACUACGUCGGGAUCAUCUGUACCAAGACAAAUGUUCGAGAAGUGGCUCUUGAGGCUAUUGAUAAUGCCCGUUUUGUGUGUGAGGAUUACUACGGACUAUUUGAGGCACCUAAGGUUCAGCUUGUCUGCAAAGAUGACCUAAAUUUCAUGUACGUCCCGGGCCACUUGUCUCACAUGAUCUUUGAGACAUUGAAGAACUCGCUGCGUGCUGUGGUGGAAACCCAUGGUGCAGAUAAGGAGGCCUUCCCGGUCACCAAGGUUAUAAUUGCCGAGGGCAAAGAAGACAUCACGAUCAAAAUCUCGGAUGAAGGCGGUGGAAUCCCCCGUUCGGCCAUUCCUUUGGUCUGGACGUACAUGUACACCACCGUGGAACAAACGCCCAAUUUGGAUCCCGACUUUGACAAGAGCGACUUUAAAGCUCCUAUGGCCGGGUUUGGAUAUGGCCUGCCGAUCAGUCGUUUGUAUGCUCGGUACUUUGGCGGAGAUCUGAAGCUGAUCAGUAUGGAGGGAUAUGGCACAGAUGUAUAUCUACAUCUGAAUCGUCUUUCCUCGAGUUCGGAACCUCUACAAUGA